UCCUCCCGCUCGCGCACAACGGUGUGAUUUGAGAGCACGAAUUAUUCGACUACGAGAAGAAUCGAGAGUGACCACUGAAACAUAGCCAGAGGAAAACACCGUUGCAGAGCUAAGACGCUAUCCACCAUGAUGGCGCCGGGACCACUUCACGCCGUGACUGUCCUGGAGCAAUGUCACGUCUCGCCGUCGCCGGCGCCGGUGGCCGGGCAGCCACGGGCGCUGCCGCUCACGUUCUUCGACCUCGUCUUCUGGGACUUCCCGCCCGUGCAGCGUCUCUUCUUCUACGACAAUGCCGACCUCCUUGACGUCCGCGACUUCCUACUCCGCGAGCUGCCACGGUUCAAGAAGUCUCUCGCCGCUGCGCUGCACCACUUCUAUCCAUUGGCCGGGAAGCUGACGUGCGAAAUGGCCGAGGGCGUGGCGCCGGAGGUCGUGUUCUCGGACGGCGACUCGGUGCGGCUGACUGUGGCGGUCAGCAGCGACGAUUUCCAUGACCUCGCCGGCGACCACGCGCGCGAUACUGCGAGGUUCCGCCCACUGCUGCCCGCGCUGCCAAAACACGGUGGCUCUCGGUCGCAGGAUGUUCUCGCCAUUCAGGUCACCGUGUUCCCUCGUGCCGGCAUUUGCAUCGGCACGACGCUGCACCACGCCGUGGCCGACGGCUCCAGCUACGUGCAUUUCAUGAAGACCUGGGCUGCCAUCCACCGCCUCAGCCUCGAGUGCAGGAAACCGGUGGGGCCGGAGUCGCCCCCGCUGUUCGACCGCGGCGUCGUGCGGGACGACGCCGGGCUACGGGAUGCGUUUGUAAGCGACCACCGGGCUCUCUUUGUAGCCGGCGACAAGCGCCUCGCCGACUGGGACCUCAGCCGGCGCCCUGGCGUCUUGCUCGCGACGUUCCGGUUCACGGAGAUACAGCUCCACAGGCUCGGGAGCCACGUCGAGUCUGAGACCUCGGUGCGGUGCUCACCGUACGCGCUGGCAUGCGGCGCCGCGUGGGCCGGCAUCGUGCACGCACGCGACAGCGGCAGCACGGACGGCGCGGCCGCAUCCAACGCGCGGUUCGGGUUCGUGACCGGGUGCAAGCCCCGCGCGAGCCCGCCGAUACCGGCGAACUACUUCGGCAACUGCCUCGGUCUCUGCCGCGUGGAGGCCAAGCGGAGCGGCCUCACCGCGGCCGCCGCCUCGGCAGCCAUAUGGCGGGUGAUCGAGGGGCUCGUGGAGGAAGGGCGAGCAUUCCGGGACGCGCGCGGGUGGGUGCGGUGCGUGCGGGAGUACGCGUCGGCGCGCGCGGUGACAGUUGCCGGGUCGCCGAAGCUGGGGGUGUACGCGGUGGAUUUCGGCGCGCUGUGGGGCCGUCCGAAGAAGGUGGAGAUCCCGUCCGUGGAGCGGACGGGCGCGCUGGCUCUGGCGGAGAGCGGCCGCGACGGCGGCAUCGAGGUCGGGCUGGCGCUGCCGCGCGCGGAGAUGGAGGCGUUCCGCGCGUUUUACCUCGACCUGUUCGGCAGCCUCAAGUGAAACAGCUACAGAGUACAACAGACCAUGGCGACGCCGCGUAAACUGUAUCACUUCUCGUUCAUAUUUGCGAUUCAUCGCCUGCUGUGUUCCCGAUGUGAUUCGUCUCCUGCUCCCCUGCUGUAUCAUUUCAUCCCUCGGCGGGGACAGUGAUGCUGCUGCUGCAUCUGCUUGUACGUGCACGCUGCAUGCUGCUGUGCCACUCAUUUCAUGAGUGAGACACCGUGCUUAUCACCGGUCACCGCCUAAUUAUUACUAACUCCAACGCGGGGUGUCGGUACUAGUCAGAUUCGCACCGGCCUUUAUUAUAUACUACUCCUUCCGUUCAUA